AUGUCAUCCAUGUGGAAACGAGGUCCAGUUAAGGUGAAGGGACAGGUCAUUCGAUUUCAGCGAUGGUGCCCAGAAUUUAGUAUUCAUGAUGACCAUACCCAAACUAAAUUAGUUUGGAUUGGCUAUCCUGAAUUGCCUAUGGAAUAUUGGCAUGAGCGAAUUUUACUAUCAAUGGCAAAGGCCUCUGGCCGCCCUGUGGAGAUAGACCGUUGGACGAGGAAUGCUACUAUGGGUAGCUAUGCACGUAUCCUCAUAGAGGUGGAACUUGGGGGUUCUCGUGUGGAGGAGAUCCAGGUGGAGAGAAAACAACCGAGAACGAACACUCUAUUCUGGUUUAAGCAGAGAAUCUUGUAUGAAGACGAGAUUGAUAGAUGCUCGUUUUGUAAAAAACUAGGUCAUUCUAUCAACCAAUGCAGGGAGAAAAAAGGUAAGGAGAGGUUCGAUGAAGGCUCAAGGGGAGAUGCAGCUGUGACUUUGGACCAUGGAGGUGGUGGCCGGACAGAGGGUGGGCGGCUCUCACAGGCGGCAAAUCCUGAAGUUUCCCGUGACAUUGGAAGGGCUAAUUUGGAAGGAUAUAUUCCGCCUCUUUUUUUUAAGGAAAAUACUAUAAAUAAUGGAGAUCCUCCAAUGGGAGAUUUCCCUCCAAUUUUGGAAGGUAAUCUGGAUAGGAACCAAGGUGAUUUGGAGAUAUUCCUCCCAAUAUCUCACGUUCCUACUACUAAUACCCAUGAUCCGUUUAUGGUGGAUAAUCCACUUGGUGAAGGUGGAUAUGAAUAUGGAUCAGACCCAGCUGAAUCCGAUUUCUCUUCCUCUGAGAAGGAAACGCAGGCUUCUGAGGAAGAAAAUAUGAAUAAGGCUGCUGGUCCGAUCAUGGUAGGUGUGCCAGAAAAUACAGGGAGUGAGAAGGUUCGGCGUAAACUACGCCCUCGCAAGAAUAGAGUGUUGUAUACCACUGGUCAUGGAGGAAGAACCCAAGUUAGAGGUGGCAAGAGUGGGAGAACUCAAAACUAG